AUGUCGAACGACCCUACUCGGACCGAGAUUGCGCUGGAGAAGUCCGCGGCCAACCAUGUCGAGGACACAUUAGGCCAGGGUGCGGUGGUAGAGGCUAAGCAUGCAUCCGACGAGGAACAUGCGCAGACCCUAUGGCAAGCCCUGCGGGACAACCGCAAGGCGGUAGCCUGGUCGGUCGCGAUAUCCAUGUCGAUUAUCAUGGAGGGAUAUGACACGAUCCUCAUGGGCAACUUCUUUGCCUAUCCCAUGUUUCAGCAGAAAUACGGCCAAUACUAUGGGGAAGAGAUUGGCUGGCAGGUAUCUGCGCCAUGGCAGACAGGAUUGAACAUGGCCAGUACAGUCGGCUGCAUCUUCGGCGGUAUUCUUAAUGGAUGGGCGGCAUCCCGGUACGGCUACCGGAUCGUCAUGGUCGUUGCUCUGGCCUUCUUAACAGCUUUCAUCUUUAUCGUAUUCUUUGCCAAUUCCGCUGCAGUUCUGAUUGUGGGUCAAAUUUUCUGCGGUUUCUCAUGGGGUGUGUUUGCAACAAUCGGACCGGCGUAUGCCUCAGAGGUAUGCCCGACCAACCUGCGCGGUUACCUAACGAUCUAUGUCAACAUGUGCUGGGCCAUCGGUCAAUUGAUUGCAAGUGGCGUGCUGUACGGCCUUGUUGAUCGCCCCGAUGAGUGGUCAUAUAGGAUUCCUUUUGCCCUGCAGUGGAUUUGGCCUGUGCCUCUGAUGGUGGUCUGCUGGUUGGCCCCCGAGUCGCCCUGGUUCCUGGUACGCAAUGAUCGACUCGAAGAUGCCAAGCGCAGCAUUCGUCGCCUGGGUGGAAACAAAACCGAGGAGCAAAUCAAUGGACAGCUGGCGAUGAUGGUUCACACGAUCAAAAUCGAAGCCGAGAUCGAAGCCGGCACCACCUACUUCGACUGCUUCAAAGGUGUCGACCUCCGCCGAACGGAAAUCUGCUGUUGCGCCUUCAUUGGCCAGAUCCUGUCGGGUAGUACCUUUGCAUACUCGCCUACUUAUUUCUUCGAACAGGCUGGCAUGGAUACCUCCAAGGCCUUCGAGCUCGGGGUUGGUUGCACCGGUGUCGCCUUUGUCGGCACUGCCUUGUCUUGGUUUUUGAUCACCUACUUCGGACGACGCACACUAUACGUCUGGGGACAAGGGAUCCUCUGCACCCUGUUGUUCCUCAUUGGUAUUCUCAACGCGGCCUCGAAUACUGAAUCGUCCAUGUGGGCGCAAGCAUCCUUCUGCUUCCUCUGGCUCUUCACCUACUCUCUGACUGUCGGCCCGAUCGCCUAUUCUAUCAUCUCUGAGAUCUCCUCGGUGCGACUUCGUCCUCUGACAGUCUGUCUCGCUCGCACGGCCUACCAGAUCAUCAAUGUUGUCUCGCAGGUGCUGGAACCAUAUUUCAUGAACCCCACCGCGUGGAACGCCUCGGGGAAAACGGGGUUUUUCUGGGGUGCCACCGCUUUGGUCACCUUCACAUGGGCGUUCUUCCGCUUGCCAGAACCUAAAGGCCGCACUUACGCCGAGCUCGAUAUCCUGUUCGUUACGAAGGUCUCCGCGCGAAAGUUUGCCUCGACGCCUGUCGACGCGUAUGCGGUCGGGGUAUCGCCAUCGCAAGAAGGUCUGGUCCGCAGUCGCAGUGAAGUGCAGGAGACUAAAGAGUAA